AUGCACAUACAUACCUCCUACCGCAAGCCCCCAGUUCCUUUGGAGUGGGGCGGGGUGCUGCUACACGAGACCCACAUAUUCACACGUACGCAGUCGUAGCCUAGCCACCCCUAAGCUGCUUCCUCUGACUCUUCGCCUCUCUGGAUUUUUGCGACAUCAAAGUUCGCGUUAGCGAUCGGCGGGGGGCCGUAAACGGACUCGCUGGCCGCCAUGGACCCGUUGUGCGGGGAGGAGGAUGGGCUGUCGGUCUUCUGCGCGUCGCGCACCCGCUUGCGUCGGUUCGCGGGGUGUGGGUGUAGCCUGGGGAGUACCUGACGGCGUGACGUGACGUCUCGGCUCCGCAUGUUCAGCUUCAACACAGACAGAUUCAUCAAGAACCUACAAAAGCACACAGAAUUGCAUACGACCUUUCCUAGCGUCCGGCGUCGUCUCUGCCUACCCGAACAGGCAACCAUCUCCGUUGGAACCAUAGAUGUUAUUCUUCUCCACAAUGUUGGUAUGCAAGUGCUUGAAGUGUGUCUCGGGGGGCUCAGGGUAGACGUUCUUGGCGGUGCCUGACACGUGCUCACAGCUGUAGGCCGGUUUGCUGCUGUCAGGGUCGAGGCGCACUUGCACGUCCUCGAGCCGAACCUUGGUGAAGGGGGCGGCAGACAGGCCCUGAGCCUCGAGCACUUGCAGAGCGUUGGUCACACGAAGGCGCUUGAAAUGGAGGUCGGAGAUAUCAGGGACGGCUGUCGUGUCGUACCCAUCAUGUGGAUGACCUGCAUGUGCCAGGACGAAAAGCAGCACACGGCGUGAGAGAAGUCGAAUCUGCGUUUGCUAACCUGUCGUGCUCACCUCUGUAGUAUCCGUUAAGCCUGACAGCGACCUGUACAUCUUCCAUCGUGCAGUUCAUCAGCGUCACGUUUCUGACAUAGCCCCCCCUGCCCAUGGCCGUCUUGAAGUGGAUGCCCUGGCAGCAUUUAACGAUCUUGUUGUCGUAGAUGAGAACGUUGCUGAUGCCCCCACUCAUCUCACUGCCCACACAGAUGCCCGCGCAACGCGUCGACGAUAGGUAGUUAUGACGGAUCACGAUGUUGCGGCAUGGCCGGGCGAACCGAUAGCCGUGGUGAUCCUGCACACAACAGCCACGCGGUCCCACAAUGAAGGCGUCUCAGGACCUCUCGGCUCAGUGUGUUCUUCUCCUACCCAUCCCGAUUUGAUGGCGAUGGCAUCAUCCCCAGUCGAAAUGUGGUUGUACUCGAUGACCACGUUGGCGCUCGAGUCGGGGUUGAUGCCAUCGGUGUUCGGCGCGUGGUAGUGGGGCGACAGGAUGGUCAGAUGGUGGAGGUGCACUGUGUCGCAAUACACGGGGUGCACAGUCCAGUGGGGACUGCUCUGAAGAGUCAGGUAGGACAGCGUCACGUUGCGGCACGACAAAAACUCGACCAAGUGACCACGAGUGACACGCUCCGCUUUGGUUAUGCGCCGCUGCCACCUGCAUCGAUCAACGCACAGAUACGAGGAUACACCGAGUGUAUCUUCUUCAUCAUGGCGCCUCACCAUUUCUGGCCCGAGCCGUCGAUGACUCCAUUGUUGCCCGUGAUGACGACAUCCUCCAUGUUGUCCACCUGAAUGAAACUCAUGUGACGUGGACCCGGAUGGUCACGGCCUUGGCCGUAUGACUGAACCAAGCAGACACAUGCAUAGAUCGCUCGUCGACUGCACUGUGUGACUUCAGACUCGGAUGACUGACCGGCAGGGGUGGGAUGGGAGGAAAGUCCUCCAAGUCAUCAGUGGCCCGAAGAGUGGCGCCAUUCUCGACGAACAAAGUGCAGUGAGAGGUUAGGUGAAAAGGAACAGACUUCCACUCGCCCUCAGGGAUAUACACAACACCACGGCCCCUCUUCUGAACAGCCUGAAGAGUUCAGGCAACAGAAAAAGCCAGACUGUCCGAGAGACCUCCAGGCGCUGUUCCUGUUCAUGAGGCCCACCUCAACGGUCUUUCUGAUGGCGUCAGUGCACACACCAUCGCCUGACCGGGCACCAAAGUCACGGAUGUCAAACAAAUAUCCGCCUCGGUGCGUCAGACAUCGAGCGAGGUGAGAGCUGGCCGGCGCAGGGCCUCCAUUACACGACAUCGGCGACACGUCACCAUCAUCCGAGCACUCAUCAGACUCGGAGCCAGAGCUCCACAGAUCCGAGCUCGGGAUGUCGGUGUCAACCUGCCAGGCACAGGAGCAGAGAAGCAAGCGAGACAUACCCAGUCAAGCCGGCAAGGGGCGUUGUAACACCGUACCGCGUCAGCAGCUGUGGCAUUGACGUCAGCGAGAUCAUGUGCUCGUCUACAUGAAGGAGAUGACGGCACAAACUCAAGACUGUGCACUCGCCGCCGUGCAUGGCGAUCAACGAGAGGCAACUGAAGCGCGAGGGAAGAAGGGGGAGCCAUGGGAACGGUCUGUUGGUGAAGGAGGGGAAGGGGCGACAGCG